UUGUAUUAGACAUUCAAAAUCCAUUAACCGACGUACCAGGAUCAACAUCAUAUCCUUUAUAUCCUAUGAUUAAUUGUGCUAAAUUAGUAAGCUCUGAUUUGCCUGCAUCAACAGACAUUAAUCAUUCUGACUUAGCAGUAUCCGAUAUUUCGUCACAACUCCAAAUAGUAAGCUCUGAUAUUUCUACACAAUUUAUAAUGUCAAGCUCUAAUUUGCCUGCACAAGUGGAUUCAUCUCAACCAAAUUUAACAAACUCUACUUAACCUGUAUUCUUGAACAUGAAUCAAUCAAACUUAUUAGGAUGUAAUUUGCCUGCACUUAUGGACUUCCAUUCACCUAACCAAAUAGGUUCUUUAGCAACUUCUAAUUUUUCUGCAUCUGUGGGUUCUCAACAAACAAAAGAACAAAUUGAAUAUAGACAUAUUAUUAAAUCUACUAAUAAAGUAGAAGAAAAUGUGAAUGUGGUACAAAAACAACUGCAUACACAGCCAACAACAUCAAUAUGUUGUGGUGUAUCUAAUAUUCAACCGGAUGCUGGACAACCUUCCAAGGCAAAUUCAUCUUCUGCUAUAUCAUCUAUAGAUCAUACCUCAACUAUGAAUACAAAUUCUAUUCAAAAUAUUCCUGCAUGUACCACAACAAAGCUUGUCACUAUGGAUAUAUACCCACAGAAAAAUACAGAUAAACACAUAGAUAUAACCUCAGCCAACUCAGUGAAUAAUGCUAUGUCAAAAACUUCUCAUAUAAAUUCAAAUAUAGAACAAGGUAUAAUUAUUUUAUAUUUACAUUAUAUACAAACAACACAAUAUAUACGAUACAAUAUAUGA